AGACUUAUUUGUCCAAGGCUUGUAAGAAGGAACACUGACUUCCUGAAAUCUUCAACCACGGAAGUGUCAGAAAGUAAUCAAGUGUAGUAACAUCAUCCCGCCACAAGGUGUCAGUAAGAGUCGACAUCAAAUGGGCAGAACAGCUUGUGUUCAUAUUCAGCCUCCAUUGGAGAAAAGAUAUGUUUAUUUUCAAAAUGUUGAAAGUGUCAACAGAUGUCCAAUAAUAAAAUAUAUUAUUCAUGUGUUGUACUUGUCAUAGAACACCAUGUGAGUCUUGACUGUGAUAUCUAGCAGUGUUUGAUGUUGACUUUAAGACCCCACUGAAGACUGAAUGAGCUCAAAUAUUCACAGUGCAAGAUUGUUGAACAUGAAACUAAAUAAUAAAAAGUCAUCUUGUUGUUGUGUUCUUCUUUCAGUGAUUCACACGCUGCAGUAUUUCCACACUGCAUCCUCUCAAGUUCCAAACUUCCCAGAGUUUGUGAGUGUUGGUUAUGUUGAUGGAGUUGAGAUUAGUUACUAUGACAGCAACAUCAGGAAAGCAGAAUCCAAACAGGACUGGAUGAACAAAAUCACAGCAGAGGAUCCAAAAUACUGGCAGAUAGAAACAGAGAUCAGUGUUGGUAAUGAGUUUAGGAACAAACACAACCUUGAAGUUCUUAAGAAGCGUUUCAACCAAACUGGAGGUGUUCACAUUCUCCAGAUGAUGACAGGAUGUGAAUGGAAUGAUGAGACUGAUGAGGUUACAGGUUGGCAGCAGCAAGGUUAUGAUGGAGAAGAUUACAUAUCGUUGGACAUGAAGACAUGGACAUGGACUGCAGCAAAACCACAAGCUUUCCCCUCCAAACUCCAGUGGGACCAGAACAUAUUUCGACUAGACUACAAUAAUUAUUAUUACACUGAGGAAUGUCCUUCUUACUUGAAGAAGUAUGUGAAGUAUGGGAAGAAGGUCCUAAUGAGAACAGAGCUUCCAGAGGUGUUCCUCCUCCAGAAGACGCCAUCCUCUCCAGUCACCUGCAUGGCGACAGGUUUCUACCCCGACCUCGCCGACCUGUUUUGGAGGAAAGACGGCGAGCAGAUGUUGGAGGACGUGGAGCACGGAGAGCUGCUCCCCAACCAUGACGGAACCUUCCAGAUGUCGGUGGAGCUGAAAGUGGAGGUGACGGCCGAGGUGGAGGGCAAGUACGAAUGUGUGUUCCAGCUGUCUGGCGUCAAGGAGGACCUGGUCACCAAGCUGGAGAGAAGAAGCAUCCUGAGCAACGCAAGCCAUGAAGGUGAGAAAGACACAUUUAGUUGGAGAUGUUUCCCAUCACAAGUCCACCUGUCACCAUUAUUGAUCCAUGUCACCAUGACAACGCUUGACGUCUGCAUGCAAAGUAGUCAUGAAGGUUUCCUCUUCAUGCUUUGUCACUCCACUUGUGCUUUUUUGCUCUCCACAGACAACUUGAGCGUCGCCCUCGCUGCCACGGCGGCGGUCGUCGCUGUGGCGGCCGUCCUGGCGGCCAUCAUCAUGGUCAUGGUCAGGCGUCACAGAAACAGACAAGGUGAGGGACACCAAUGUCCUCCGUCUUCUUCUUCUUCUUCUUCUCGGUCCAGGCCGUGAGUUGAUGCUUUCAUCCGGGCUGCAUGUUUUAGUUGCCUUCCAGCCAAACACUCAAAGAUCCACAGAGACAGAGCGCACACUCUCACAUAGAAACACGUGAGGAAAAAGUCCAUUUCACCUUGUUUCCCUUUCAUUUCAGCCCAGUACGAUCCAGCUCGUAAGUAAAACAUCUUUUCUUUGAGCCGCAAGAAACAAAGCCGUGGUGAAGCGUCACUCACAUGGAGGUCUGAUGUGGACCUUUGUUACAAGUUUAGCCUGAAAAUCCCAACUUGGGCUGACUCCUUCACAAUAAAAGAGCCUCCUGUGAGCACACGCAAUACAAAGUGUGGCAUAUCUCACGUUUGACAUGAGUCCUCAUGAUGAGGAUCAGCCAAAUGAGACCUCAAGUGUGCUGACUCAUCAAGAAGGUAUCCUAGUCAGGAAGUAGAAGAGCAGCACUCUGCUUCUUCAUGUUUCCAAGUCACACCUCAAAGAUCUGAUGUGAGUGACGAGGCACCUUCUGGAUGUUCUUCCUUCACCGUUUGCGUUUGUCCCGCAGCUCGCCACGGCGGCGUGGAGCUCUCCGAGAGGGUGGCGGCUGAAGGCUGAGUAAGUCUGCACCUCCAAAUGUUCUUGUGUGAAGAUGAUGUUCAACUUGGUUCUGUUGGGAAUGUGCUGAGUCAUCUUCUUCCUCCAGGAUGCUUUGUGCACUGGAACACAGAGAGAUGUCUCCAUCGCUGAGGGACGUCAUGGAGAUGUGCUUUGUUCUUCAUCCCACUGCUCCUCACGCUAUUCCAUCUAUUCUUCUUUGGCCGUUAAAAUACUUUCAACAUCAAACGUUGGUGGCUAUAAAAUCAUUCGGGGCUCACGUUUCAUGGCCUUGACAUCAUGACGAGGAUUUCUUCUUUCUUUGAAUGGCCGCUGCUUAUGAUCAAUAUCACAUUGUGUCACAUCUCUGUCAAUAAAUCCGUUUGUUCUCCA